GGCCAAUGAUAUAAUUGCAAGGAAUAACGUCCCCGCUAGAAUAUUAAGCCUUACCGAAUUUGCUAAGUGUUCGAGUACGCAGCAGGAGCCUGGGACCACAGAGGUUAUCAGCCUGCUUAAGUAGCUAGAAUUUAUAGAAAAUUUUCGUGCACGAUUAAUUGCCCCGAUAUUUUUGACCUUUAGAAUAAGGUGCUUACUAUUUUUUUUGGGAACAUAAAGUUUGGAUUGGUAGUAUAGUGCUUGUUAGAAUCAAAGUGGGACUUUGUUAGAAUCAAGACCUAUACUAGAUCCGGAAACUUACGGUAGGCGUAGCACUUUGGAAAGCAACUCGACCCUGAUAGAAUUUAAAGCGUUUGCGUUCUGCAUGAAACAGCGCACGUCGUUCACUUUUAAGAAUCAAAACCUGCAUGCUAGAUCCAUAAAAAAUCGAACGAUCAGAUCAAUACGAGUGUAAGAUCCUCUAGUAUCUUAAAAGCCGCAUCAGUGUUCUACUUCCCCCGAGAAAGUUCAAGAUAUUUUUCGCUCAAGGUAGUAGCUGUUCUUAAUCGAUUCGUGUUCCCGCUGACUAAGUUACAAACAUUGUCGCUGACUAUUGAUUCACAAGAAUACAGAUGCUGCAGUAAUCUUCGUAUGUGCUACAGGAGUUUCAAUUUCUACUACUAUUUGUGCUGUCUGUCCCAGCAGCAGAGCAGAGCUGAAUAUUAGAGAUUAUUACAAGCCACGAAAACGCAGACUACAUUACACAUUUAUUUUUCGCAGAAAAAGAAAAUUACGAUUUGGUGUUGCCUAGUACUAGUAGUAGGACAACUACGCCAAAAACAAGAUGAGAACGCUGACGCUCACCUCUUCCUGUGCAGACUAUAAUGGGCGCCUGCGGCAUUCCCAUUCCAUGCUGGCUUGUAUCGUUCUCCUCGUUUCGUUCCUCCUGUCUUCUUCAUUUAGCAACUCCGUCGUUUCGGGAUUGCAACUUCGAGCUGCAGGAGCUGGAGAUGGAACUUCCAAGGACGAAGAAGUGACGCGGAGGAGACGUUUGGAAAUGAUCGAUUCGGUGUCCGACGUUGAAUACGUAGUCGACGUCGUUAUACCAGAGAAGACUGGAAUCACAGUAGCGCAACUCUUAGCAGAAUUUCGAUACUAUGGGAGGACGAAGAAAGAAGUAGAAGAGGAGGAAGAGAUGGCGAAGAUGAAAAACGAUAUCGAAGUAGAAGUAAAAAGGCGUCCGGCAUAUGGCUUUUCUCCGGUCGACAAGAUACUGAACGAGGAAGAGAGGAUCCAACUCACUCUUCUUGAGCAUGAGGGGCAUCCUGAACAAGUCCUGAAGUCCGAUUCUGAGGAAGAUAUUGGUCGCUUUUUAAGACCAGAAAACUUGUUCGAUUCCGGCACAGAUAAGCAGAAAAUGGUCCUCAAAGUUGUUUUUGUUGACGGUCGACGGACAGGAUCGCUGACCUUGCGCGUAAGGAAUGAAGAGCAGUUCUGGUUAGAGUCUUACAAACGAGGCGGAUCUAAAUUUGAUGAGGAGAAUCCUUAUCGUGGUGAAUCUAUUUCAGUGCACCCUUUCUAUGACGUUGAGUGGUGGAAAGGCAUGACGUUUGACGAUCUAGAACAAGAAUUACGGCGAAAGGAUGCGGAAGCUCGCAGAGCGAACCCGGACCGCGAGUUUGGAGUUCUAGAUCAUUCUGAUAGUGUAGCACCACGAAUUUGGUCGCAAGUGUGGAAGUUUUUUUCUACUUUUUUUAGCAGAGCAGGCAGAUCUUCAUCUACCACUUCUACCUCGACC